UUUUUUUUUUUACUGACCAGCUUUUGUGAAAGGAGAACACUAUCAAUUGUUUGUUUUUUUAAAUAGAAAUUGUUCAAAGGUCACUAAACAGAUUCUUAGAGAAAGGCUUCAGCCAAUAUUCCUUUGAUAAAACGAACAGCUACACGUUCAUAACCAUUUCCAAUAUGUCGAAACUACAGUUGAAUGUUUUCGUCACCGAGCGUUUAUCCGCGGCUGCUGUGGAGAUAUUCGGGGUCGUAGAGAAGAUUAUUACGGAGUAUCAGGAAGAAAUCUGCCGUUCAGCAGAGGAGAUCGAGCGUCUACGGAGGCUGUUGGACAUGGCUACCAAACCAGAGAGAAUCUCACACGUAGCAGACUUCCAGGUACUGUCUCCUGCCGUUCCCCCUGAGCAGCAGGAGUGGAGCCCCAGUCUGGGGCAGGAGGACCCAGAACCCACACAGAUUAAAGAGGAACAACAGGAGCUCAGACUCAGUCAGGAGGACCCACCUCAGCCCUCACAUCUUUACCAAAACCAAACUGUGGAUGAUGGAGAGAGGAGCACUCUACCUAUCAUCAUAACUGAAGAUAUAAAAACAGAACCUGAUGGAGAGGGCUACAGAGUAGCAGAACCAACCAGUGAUCAGCCCCACGCAGUUCAUCCAGACUGCUCUGCUGCAGUGGAGAAACCAUAUCAGUGUAAACAAUGUGGCAACAGCUUCACACGUAAGGGACACUUGACCAUCCAUUCAAGGACACACACAGGAGAAAACCCCUAUCAGUGCAAACAAUGUGGCAAAAGGUUUAACCAGAAGAGCAACUUAACCAUCCAUACAAGGGUACACACAGGAGAGAAUCCCUAUCAGUGCAAACAAUGUGGCAAAAUGUUUAACCAGAAGGGACACUUGACCGUUCAUUCAAGGAUACAUACAGGGGAGAGACCAUAUCAGUGUAAAGACUGUGACAAAGCCUUCAACCAGAAGAUAGAAUUGACAUUGCAUAUGAGAGCUCAUACAGGAGAGAGACCAUACAUCUGUCCUGUAUGCAAGAAAGGUUACAUCACAUUAAGCUAUUUAAGACGUCAUCAGCGUGUUCACACAGGGGAGAAACCUUACCAGUGCAAAUAAUGUGACAAAUGCUUUGGUAAUAAAGGAAGCUUGAAGUCUCAUAUGAGCACUCACACAAAAGCUUCAGCCUGAAGUGAGAACAACAAAUGAUUACUCACAUGUGAAUU